CGUAGAAGAGAAAUCCUAAGGUGUGGCCACCAUGUACGCGAGUAGAACCAUAGAGUCUGUGGCCACCGUGCCAAUGGUUCAGGUGGAGUGCAGGGGACCCAAUGGAUCAGGUCCUGAUUGGGUGCCCUUAAAACAGGAUUGGAACAAACGGUGGUGCACGCUUCCUGCUAACUAUAUUGAAGAUUUCGCAGGACGAAUCGACGCUUUCGAAACUAGAGAAAGUGAUGUUUUUGUGGUGACAUUUAUGAAAAGCGGGACUACGUGGAUGCAAGAGUUGGCCUGGCUUUUGCUGAAUGAUUUGGAUUUUGAAGGGGCUAAGAGCAGUUAUCCAUUUCAUCGAAGCCCUUUUCUAGAAUACUCUUUAAUUAACCCUGUGAACGGGAUGGAUUCUGUGGCUAUGUGCAAUCAAAUUCAGGGUAAUACUCGCUUGAUCAAAUCCCAUUUACCGGCGCAACUGCUACCCCGACAAAUCUGGAAAGAGGGACGUAAGAUUAUCUAUGUGGCUCGGAACCCCAAGGAUGUUCUAGUUUCUUCAUACCACCAAAUGAAAGGCUUGGCCUACGCGAAUGGCAGUUGGGACGAAUUUGUGGAUCAGUUCGUUACUGAUAAGAUUAUCUAUUCAUCAUUUUGGGCGCAUAUUAUCGACUUUUAUAGAAUGCGCAAUGAGGAGAAUGUAUUUUUUGUCACCUAUGAGGAUAUGUCAAGGGAUCUCGAAAAUGUGGUCAAGAGAUUAUCGCUGUUUUUAGAUUGCAAGGAUCUAAGCGUCAAGGAAAUGGAAAAACUCUUAAAACACCUGAGUUUUAAGAACAUUAAGCAAAGCAAGUUUGGUAACCCCACUGGUUUCAUAAAAACUGUUCGAAAAACUACUGAAGAUUUUGAGUUUAUGCGGCGAGGAAUUGUCGGCUCGUUCAAAGACGAAUUAAGUCUUCAACACCAGGAUAAGAUUGAUAAAUGGACCCAGAGUAUUCUCGACGAGUAUGGAUUAAUUGAAUCCGAUAUUUUUGGGGAUUUUUAAAAAUGUAUAUAUUUACAGUUUCAAAUGUAUAUUUGAUUGUGGUAUAACAAAUUAUUUAAACUGAGAGUAAGGUGGUAUCACACCUGUAUAACA